GCUGCUUGCCUGUAACACUGAUGUCAACAGGCUGUGUAGGAUCCUCUUCCUUCGUCUCUCCUUCGAAACCGUAAACGUAAAGCAGUUCACGAAAACAGGGGUCCUCAACUGGAUAGGGGGAAGGCAGGAUCAGCCUGUUGUACAUUUGCUGCUUUAAGGUCUAGCUAGAGCGCUGAAUACACCUUGAAAGCGCCGGAAGGAUGGCAAAGAAUGACGAUUCUGACCUCUCCGAAGAAGAGAUGGAGGAGGCCCUGGUCGAGGAAGAGCUAGAUCCUGAGGAGGAAAAGCUUCUGGAUGCUGGGGAGGGAGAGGAUGAAGGCACCGUGGAAACAAAGGGGCCGAGCCCUCCGACCACUGCUCAGGAAGUGAACGACGAUGAUGACGGUGCGGCGACGGACUCAGAUGAUGAGGACGAGCCGGAGCUGCCUGACGGGCUGCGAUCCCCCUCAAAGAAGGACGUUGCCAAGAAAGAGCGGGAGCGGCUGCGCGAGCAGAAGCGGCUGAAGAAGCAGCAGCUGGAGGAGUUUCGGCAGAAGCAGAACGACUUGAUUGACAAGGAAACGGAUAAGUCCGCGAAGGGGAGGGUGAAGUUUCUGCUCCAGCAAACCGAGAUCUUUGCGCAUUUUGCCAAGGGGAAUGCAGCCGCAGCGUCUGGCAAGGGUCGGAACUACUCAAAGAAGACGGAGCGAGAGGAAGAUGAGGAAAUUAUCAAAGAAACGGAGGACGCAGAUGAUCCGGUGGUGGGAGGGGGCACGCGCCUCCAAGUUCAGCCAAAUUGUAUCAAAGGAAAGAUGCGAGAUUACCAGCUUGCUGGCCUGAAUUGGCUCAUCAGGUGCUACGAAAACGGCAUCAAUGGAAUCUUGGCUGACGAGAUGGGGCUCGGAAAGACGCUGCAGACCAUCUCCCUCCUUGGUUUCUUGCACGAGUUUAAGGGGAUCACCGGGCCCCACCUGGUCAUCGUGCCCAAGUCCACGCUGGGGAACUGGAUGAAAGAGAUUGCGCGCUUCUGCCCCAUCCUGCGCGCCUUCAAGUUCCAUGGCAACCAGGAAGAAAGGGCGUACCAGAAGGACCACGAGAUGGUGGCGGGCAAGUUCGACGUGUGCGUGACGAGCUACGAGGUGAUCAUCAAGGAGAAGAACGCGUUCAAGAAGUUCAGCUGGCGCUACAUCAUCAUCGACGAGGCGCACCGCAUCAAGAACGAGAACAGCCUGCUCUCCAAGACCAUCCGCAUGUUCUCCUCCAACUACCGCCUGCUCAUUACCGGCACGCCGCUGCAGAACAACCUGCACGAGCUUUGGGCGCUGCUCAACUUCCUGCUGCCCGAGAUCUUCAGCUCCGCGGAGACAUUUGACGAGUGGUUCCAGGUUUCCGACGACAAGGACCAGCAGGAGGUCGUUCAGCAGCUCCACAAGGUCCUGCGACCGUUCUUGCUUCGGCGGCUCAAGUCGGACGUGGAGCGCGGGCUGCCCCCCAAGAAGGAGACCAUCCUGAAGAUCGGGCUGUCCGAAAUGCAGAAGACGUACUACAAGGCGCUGCUGCAAAAGGACAUUGACGUCAUCAACAGUGGCGGCGAGCGCUCUCGGCUGCUCAACAUCGCGAUGCAGCUGCGCAAGUGCUGCAACCACCCGUACCUGUUCCAGGGCGCCGAGCCUGGCCCACCGUACACAACGGGGGACCACCUCGUCGAAAAUGCGGGCAAGAUGGUGCUGCUGGACAAACUGCUGCCGAAGCUCAAGUCGCGCGACUCCAGGGUGCUCAUCUUCUCGCAGAUGACCCGUCUGCUGGACAUUCUGGAGGACUACCUCCUCUACCGCGGCUACGCCUACUGCCGCAUCGACGGGAACACGAGCGGCGAGGACCGUGAGUCACAGAUUGACGAGUACAACAAAGAGGGCAGCUCCAAGUUCGUGUUCCUGCUGUCGACGCGCGCGGGCGGCCUUGGGAUCAACCUCGCGACGGCAGACAUUGUGAUUUUGUACGACAGCGACUGGAAUCCCCAGGUGGAUCUGCAGGCAAUGGACCGCGCGCAUCGGAUUGGGCAGAAGAAGGAGGUGCAGGUGUUCCGGUUCUGCACGGAGUUUGCGAUCGAGGAGAAGGUCAUCGAGCGGGCGUACAAGAAGCUGGCGCUUGACGCCAUGGUUAUCCAGCAGGGGCGGCUGGCAGAGUCCAGAGCGGUGAACAAGGACGAGCUGUUGCAGAUGGUGCGUUACGGCGCGGAGAAGGUUUUCAGCACCGGCGGGAGCACUAUCACGGACGAGGACAUCGACAACAUCAUCGCCAAGGGCGACUCCAGCACGCGCGAGCUCGAGGGGAAGAUGAAGAAGUUCACGGAGGACGCGGCGCGCUUCAAGAUGGACGGAGGGGAGGACUUGUACGCGUUCGAGGGCGUGGGCUUUGAGAAGGCGAACAAGAAGCUGGAGGGCGGGGAGCUGAAGAAGAUGAUUGCGGAGAACUGGAUCGAGCCGCCUAAGCGGGAGCGCAAGCGCAACUACUCGGAGGCGGAGUACUACCGGCAGGCGAUGCGGACGGGCGCCGGCCCGAGCAAGCCGCGCGAGCCGAGGAUACCGCGCAUGCCCGUGCUGCACGACUUCCAGUUCUUCAACAUCCCGCGGCUGACAGAGAUCUACGAAAAGGAGGUCAAGAUCACGCUGCAAGAGAAGGCCCGGAAACAAAGGGAGGACCAAAAGCAGAAAGAGAGCGCGGCGGGCUCUGACGCCGAGCAAAAAGAGGAGGAGAAGGAGGAAGAGCCGGAGGAGGUCGAGCAGCUGACUCCGGAAGAGGAGGCGGAAAAGGAGCAGUUGCUUCAAGAGGGCUUUGACAACUGGUCGCGGCGAGACUUCAACGCGUUCAUCCGCGCGAACGAGAAGUACGGGCGGCACGACCUGGCCAGCAUCGCGACCGAGAUCGAGGGCAAGACGCCCGACGAAGUCCAGGACUACGCGGCCGUGUUCUGGGACAGAUACCAAGAACUGAACGACUGGGAGAAGUUCAUCAAGAACAUUGAGCGCGGCGAGCAGCGCAUUGCGCGCAAGGACGAGAUGAUGCAGGCGAUUGAGCGCAAGCUGGCGCGCUACCGCAACCCCUGGUACGAGCUCAAGAUCCAGUACGGCCAGAACAAGGGCAAGCUCUACACCGAGGAGGACGAUCGCUUCCUGCUGUGCAUGGUGAACAAGUUGGGCUACGGCAACUGGGACGAGCUCAAGGCCGCGUUCCGCGUGUCGCCCAUGUUCCGCUUCGACUGGUACGUCAAGUCGCGCACGCCGCAGGAGCUCGCGCGCCGCUGCGACACGCUCAUCCGCCUCGUCGAGCGGGAGAACCAGGAGCUCGCGGAGAAGGAGGAGGCGUUCCGGCGGCAGCAGAAGAAGGCCGCAAAGUCUUCGGCGACUCCUGGAAGAAGUGCUGGAAAGGCCAAGCUUUUGAAAGGAACCCCUACGAACAGUGCGAACGACAGCGCUGGAACAGGGAAGAAACGGAGACAGGGCGAGCCUGCCGUCUCCACUGGCAAGAGGAAGAAGGUUUAGAGCGGCCGCAGAGUAGUAUGAACCUCCGUUGACCGUCCAUUGGCGCUAAGCGACUCCCAUUAAAUGUAUAUGGUGACCAUGUUGAAUCCGAGGUGGCAACCAGAUGUAUGAAGCAUCCUCAGCGCUCACGUGACGCUCCAUCCCCUUUCUGGUCGUGUGAUAGGCCUUUUGCGCUUAGGUGGGAGGCUGCAAGAUCCCAAAACCUCGGGUCGGAUUUCACGUCUCCCGUUUUAACGGAUCCUAGUACCUUUUUAUAUUAGUAAUAGCACCAUUUUAUAUUU